AAGCAACAGCCUGCCUUUAUCUUCCCUUUGAACGAACAAGAGUUCCUGCCUGGCUUGUACAAUUGGGAAUAAAUAGUCGGCAAGGCCAGUCCAAUGUAGCCUCCUGCAGCCGAGUGAGCUCCGACCCCAGAGAGGCUCAUGGAUGAUGGACAACGGAUUCUGGCAUAAAGCAGAGAUGGUUGGAUCCAGAUUUUUACUCCUGCUGCUCUUAGCUCUGCCUGUAUCAACGCUGGGGCAAAAAGACUUCUCUGCGCCAUAUGCACGCUGUAGCCUUUUUGGAGGCGAUCACAUCCAAACCUUUGAUGAACUGAUGUAUGAUUUCGCCGGCGACUGCAGCUACCUGCUGGCUGGAGACUGUGAAAAGAGAUCUUUCCUCUUGCUUGGUGAUUAUCACAAUGGAAAAAGAACCAGCCUUUCUCUGUACCUUGGAGAAUAUUUUGAUAUUCAUGUGUUCUUAAAUGGCACUGUGACUCAAGGGGAAAAAAGGAUUUUGGUACCCUAUGCCUCAAACGGAGUCUUUCUGGAAAGGGAAGCCGGCUAUUAUAAGAUGUCCGGUGAGGAACAUGGCUUCGUGGUGAAGAUUGACACCGAUGGGAAUAUCCUUCUAAGCCUGCCAGAGAAACACUAUAAUAGGACCUGUGGACUCUGUGGGAAUUUCAACCGAUUUGCUGAGGAUGACCUCAUGACCCAGGAAGGGAUAUUGGAAGAGAACAUCUACAGUUUUGCAAACUCCUGGGGGAUGAGUAACCAGAAGAAGAAGUGCCAGAGAGUCAUGCCUCCAAGCUACACAUGCAAUAUUUCCUCAAAGGCUGCAGAGAAGGACUUCAUCGAAAACUGCCAGCUGCUAAGAACUUCCUCGGUCUUUUCUAAAUGCCAUCAUCUGGUGGAUCCCGAAAAGUUCAUUGGCCUCUGUGAAGAAGACAUGUGCCGGUGUGCUCAGGAUAGAAAUUGCCACUGUCCAGUUUUUCUGGAGUAUGCUCGAAACUGUGCCCAGAAAGGUGUGAUCUUGAAAGGUUGGCCAGCCAGCAGCGCCUGCAGACCAAGAUGUCCAAGCGGCUUGGAGUACCACGAAUGCACGUCCCCUUGUGCCAAGACCUGCCAGAGCCUGAAUAUCAAUGAAGUGUGUCCGGAGCAGUGCGUUGACGGUUGCAGCUGCCCCGAGGGAAAGCUCCUAGAUGGUGACGUUUGCGUAGAUGCCCAAAAUUGCUCCUGUAUAAAUUCUGGCAAGAAAUUCCCUCCUGGCUCUUCAGUUUAUCAGGACUGCAACUCAUGUAUUUGCAGGCAUGGAGCGUGGGUCUGCAACAAUGAGCCGUGUCCAGGAGAAUGUUCUGUCACCGGUCAAUCCCAUUUCAAAAGCUUUGACAACAAACAUUUCACCUUCAGUGGAGUCUGCCAUUACUUGUUUGCUGGAGAUUGUGCAGGGAACUCCUUUUCUGUCUUCAUUGAGACAGUCCAGUGUGCUGAUGACCGUGAUGCGGUGUGUACCCGCUCAGUCUCCGUGCAACUCCAGGACGAGAACCUCAUUAUCAAAUUGAAACAUGGUGGUGGUGUGUCCGUGAAUGGACAGGACGUUCAGAUUCCCUUCCUACAAAAUACUCUCCACAUCCAGCCCACGGUGCUGCCAGCUGUUCACCUCAGUUACAAGGAGAACGUGCAUCUCGACUGGGAUGGGUUGGGGACCCUUGUAAUGAAGUUAUCUUCAGAAUACACUGAACAAAUGUGUGGUCUGUGCGGCAACUACAAUGGCAACCAAGGAGAUGAUUUCCUCACCCCUUCUGGGCUGGUGGAAACCCUCGUGGAGGACUUCGGAAAUUCUUGGAAGCUGAAGGGAGACUGUGAAGAUUUGCAAAAACAAGACAGCAAUUCCUGUAACUUGAAUCCCCGUUUAGCCCGGUAUGCUGAGAGAUCCUGCUCGCUCCUGCUGUCACCCCUGUUCGAGCCUUGCCACCAUGAGGUCAGCCCUUCCCCCUACCUCAAGAACUGCCGCUAUGACGUCUGCUCCUGUUCGGAUGGGAAAGACUGCUUGUGCAUGGCGGUCUCGGCCUACGCCAUGGCUUGCGCCCGGAAAGGAGUGGUCAUCAACUGGAGGAAGCCAGAAUUUUGUGCCAUGAGUUGUCCAGAAGGCCAACUUUACCAACAGUGUGGAAGUCCCUGCAACCAGACCUGCCGAUCUCUCGCCCAUCCUGACACAGACUGCCGUGAAUUCUGUACCGAGGGCUGCUUUUGCCCCUUUGGGAUGUACCUCGAUCAGCAGGGGGAUUGUGUGCCCAGAUCCCAGUGCUCUUGCUACUACGAUGGGGAGAUCUUCCAGCCAGAUGAUGUCUUCUCGGAUCACCACACCAUGUGCUAUUGUGAAAAUGGCAUCAUGCACUGCAGCUCACAGAGACUUCCAGGAAGUUUCGUUCCAGAUGUUCUCUUCCAAACUCAUCGCUCCGCCAGAGCAAAGCGGAGUGUCUCCUGCAAGCAUCCGAUGACCAUGUUUGUCUGUCCGGCAAAUGACCCAAGAGUGAAAGGAGUGGAAUGUAUGAAGAGCUGUCAGAAUUAUGAUCUGGGCUGCGUCAGUCAUGGAUGCAUCUCGGGUUGCCUUUGCCCGACUGGAUGGGUGCGACAUAGAAAUAAAUGCAUGGUCCCUGAGAAUUGUCCCUGUUUUCACAACGGACAGGAAUAUGCUCCAGGACAAACAGUGACAAAAGAUUGCAACACAUGCACCUGCCGUGCUCGAAAAUGGGAAUGUACGGAAAAUGUCUGUGAUGGAAAAUGUUCGGUGAUUGGAGCCGCUCAUUACUUGACCUUUGAUGGACUGAAAUACAUGUUUCCUGGGAAUUGUCAAUAUGUGCUUGUUCAGGACUACUGUGAAGAUGACGGGGCCGGGUCUUUUCGGAUACUGGUGGCCAAGGAAGGGUGUGGCUUUACCGGGGAGACAUGCACUCGUAGCAUUACCGUUUUGUUUGAUGGUGGAGAGAUCGAGCUGCAGGGUGAAGAAGUUAAUGUCCUCACACCUCCGAGAGAAGAAGGCAACAUGGAAAUUUUGAAGUCUGGCCGCUACUAUAUUCUGAUACUAGGACAAGGGAGAAUCUCCCUGACUUGGGAUCAAAACAUGGGAGUUACUGUCACCUUGAAAGAAAACUACAAAGAUAAAGUCUGUGGUCUGUGUGGGAAUUUCGAUGACGUCCCAAACAACGAUCUGAGAAGCAGCCGGAAGCAGAUCGAAGUUGAUCCGAGUGACUUUGGGAAUUCUUGGAAAGUUCACUCCCAGUGUGCUGACGUCAGAAAGCUUUCCCAAGGGCAGGACCUGGCGUCUUCACUGUGCAAUGGGAACGUAUUAAAACGGGUGAUGGUGGAGACAUCGUGCAGCGUCUUGAACAGCGAUCUCUUCAAAGAAUGCAAAAAACUGGUGGAUCCUGAGCCUUAUGUGGAAAUCUGCACGUACGACACCUGUGUUUGUGAGUCCGUUGGGGACUGUGCAUGUUAUUGUGAUGCCAUUGCUGCUUAUGCCCAUGCUUGUGCCCAGAAAGGGGCAGUGAUCCAAUGGAGGUCUCCUACUCUAUGCCCACAAAGUUGUGAAAGCAUGAACAAAGUGGAGGAAGAAUAUCAAUGCGAAUGGCGAUACAACAGCUGUGGUCCUGCCUGUCCCAGGACGUGCCAGCACAUGGACCCAAUAGCAUGUCCCGUGAAGUGCGUUGAAGGAUGCCAUCCACACUGUCCUGCUGGAAAAAUUCUUGAUGAGCUUUCUGAGUCUUGUAUCAAACUCGAAGAAUGUCCGGUGUGUGAAGCAGAAGGUCGCAGGAUAUCUCAUGGCAAGAAGAUCAUUUUGAACUCGGAGAAUCCUCAGCUCUGCCAAUCCUGCCAUUGUGAAGUACGAAACCUGACAUGCCGCCCGUGUGAUCCAGAAGAGACUGUCAAAUUCUUGACCACUGCUAGCCCAGAUGAAGAAGAGGAAGAGGAAGAGGAAGAGGAGGAAGAAGGAGUCACACGUGAAUAUUCCUGUAGCAAAAUGAUGGACCUGGCCAUCUUAAUGGAUGGUUCCAAUAAGCUUUCCGAGAGUGAUUUUGAUGAGUUGAAAAAUUUCAUAAUUAGCAUGAUGGAAAAACUCCACAUUACCCAAAAAAGGAUUCGCUUGGCAGUUCUGGAAUACCGCACUGGUUCGCACAUUUACCUUGGCCUGAAGGAUGUUAAAAAGUCAACUAAAAUGAGGAAGAUUGUGCAAAAUAUAAAAUAUACGGGCGGGGAGGUCGCCUCUGCAACCGAGGUGCUGAAAUACGUCUUGUUCCACGUAUUCGGCAAGGCGCCACGUCCAAAGGUUGCCCGAAUUGCUGUGCUGUUUAUGGCAAGCAAGGACCCCAAGAGAAUCCAGGGGAUCUUCCCACUUCUGAAAAAAAAGAAAAUUAUUGUGAUACCCAUCGGCCUUGGGCCUCAUGUGAGCACUGAGCAAAUUGGGCUAAUCGAACGGCAGUCGCCAGAAAACAGAGCCUUCCUAAUGAACAGCGUUCUUGAGUUAAGGCAACGUAAGGAUGAAAUCAUCGAUUACUUCUGUGGUCUUGUGCCUGAAGUCAGUGCAGUCCUUUCCACCCAACGCCCAAUCCUGACUGUCCCCAGUGUGGAAGCAAGGACAUACCUCCCUCAUGGCUUGACGAAGGUACCCGCAACGGAGAUGUCUAUUUCUAUUGAAAAGAUCCUUGAGGUUGUCUUUUUAGUUGAAGGCUCCCACAAAGUCGGCAAGACCAAUUUUGACACCAUCAAAGAGUUUCUCAUCCGUACGAUCCAAGAGUUGGAAGUGGGAGAAGAAACUGUUUAUAUUAGCAUCCUCCAGUAUUCCUUUACCAUCACUGUGGAGCAUUCUUUCCAGGAACGUCAAUCCAAGGAGUUCCUGAUUAAGAAGGUGCGGGAGAUGAAAUUCCAGGGAGGAAAUGCAACCAAUACCGGACAGGCGCUCAACUUCGUCUCCCAACAGUCGUUCACUACCAAAAGGAGGGAGCAAGUGCCGCACUUGGUUUACAUGGUCACUGCAAAUCCUGCCACAGAUACCAUCACCCGCCCACCCAAGGAUGUCCAUGUGAUUCCUAUUGGCAUUAGACCUAAUGUGGACAUCCAGGAACUCCAGGAAUUAAGCCAGCCACAGACUCCUAUUAUCAUAGAAGGCUUUAACAACCUCAUCAAGGAAGGGCCUGACCUGGUAUUCAAAACUUGCUGCUCAAAGAAAGAAACUUGCACCAAGCCAAUGGAUGUGAUAUUUCUUCUGGAUGGAACUUCAGCCAUUGAAGAAGCUCAGUUCGAGGAAAUGAAACGUUUUGUGAAAGCAUUUAUUGAACACGCUGACGUGGGUCAUUUUUCAACUCAAGUUGCAGUACUUCAAUAUGCAAAAGUGAACUCUCUGGAAAUUUCAUGGAACGCAUUCCAGGAAGAAGCUAACCUUCUGAAAAAGGUGGACUCCAUUCAUCAAAGAGAAAAAGGCCCAAGCAAACUAGGGGAAGCAAUAGACUUCAUGGUUCAGCAUGCCAUUUCUGAAGCCAACGGAGGACGACCCAAUGCAUCCAAAACGGCCGUGGUUAUUGUGGCAGACACCUCAAAAGACGCUGUGGAAGCUGCUGCGUAUUCCGCCAGAGCCAAUAGAGUUUCACUGCUUCCCAUUGGCGUUGGCACCAAAUAUAAUGCGGAACAAUUGAGUGCUUUAGUGGGACCAUCUGCUAAAGACACGAUCAUUAAGUUGCAACAUUUUGAAGAUCUUUCUACGAUGAUCACGUUGGGUGAUGAAUUUAUGAAGAAGCUUUGUACAGAGGGUGCUCAAGAGUGUAUCGACGAAGAGGGGAAUAUCAGAGCACCUGGUGACAAGUGGCAGUUGCUGGAUCAGUGUUAUAGCGUGACCUGCUUACCAGGUGGCCGCACAGAACUGAAAAGCCACCGGCAUCUUUGUGAGAAGAUGGCCAAGCCAACGUGUCACAACAAUUUCCCUGCAGUUAAAGUGGAGGAAACCUGUGGCUGUCAUUGGGUGUGUCCAUGUACAUGCAUGGGAAGUUCAACCAGGCACAUUGUCACCUUUGAUGGACUGGAUUUUAAGCUGACAGGCAACUGCUCCUACACCUUGUUUGAAGACAAAGAAGAAGAUGUUGAAGUGAUUCUUCAUAAUGGCGCAUGCAGGUCGGCCCCCAAACUCAACUGCAUGAACGCCCUUGAGGUCACAUACCAGGGCUUCUCUGUGCAGCUCUGUGACAACAUGACGGUUGCUGUGAAUGGCCUGGCAGUUAUACCUCCUUAUAAUAAUGGUCAAUUGGAAGUCAACAUCUAUGGGACCAUAAUACACGAAGUCAAAUUUUUGCAACAGAACCACAUGCUUGCCUUCACUCCAAGCAACAAUGAGUUCACCUUACAACUUAGCCCGAAGAGCUUUGCCUCAAAAAUGUAUGGCCUUUGUGGGGUGUGUGACCAAAACAGGGAGAACGACCUGCUCUUACAGAAUGACUCCAUUACUCGUGACGUCACUGGUUUCAUCCAAGACUGGACCAUUCAGCAACCGGGAAGGGUUUGCAAGGAGAGAAGGCCCGAGGUUUGCGUCGAGCACGCAACCAGGCACUGCAGCAUCCUGCUUUCCACUCCUUUUUACGAGUGCCAUCAGGUCAUCCCUCCCAACAUAUUCUACGCAACGUGCGAAGAGAACAAUUGCGUUGGGGAGGAAGUGUGUGAGAUUAUAGCCUCCUACGCCCAUCUUUGCAAAGUGCACGGGGUUUGUGUGGACUGGAGAACGCCGGAUUUCUGCGUGUGCGUCCACCGCAACAUCGUCUACCCUCUUGGCACGACCUGGGAAGAAGACUGUAGGGAAUGUUCUUGCACCAACAUGAAAGAUGCAGUUACAGGACUCCAAAUUACAGAAUGUCUCGAGAAAAGAUGCAGUAUGUCCUGCCCAGCGGGAUAUAAAUACGUCAACAGAGAGGGGGCAUGCUGUGGAAAAUGUCUCAGAACCAUGUGUGAAGAUACAACCCUUUGGUCUCGAGGAGAUGAAGACGAAGGUGUCACUUGGCAUAACGUUGGCUCUGAAUGGAUGUCUCCAACUGACCCCUGCGUCAUCAAAAAAUGUGUCCGUGUGAACGAGGAGGUCUUUAUCCAGACCAGGAAUGUCUCAUGCCAACCUAGGGAGCCAAGCAGCUGCCCGUUUGCCACAGAGAUGCGGUGUGACCAUCGGUCCGGAUGCUGUCCUUCCUGUCACUGUGAACCCGUGAAUGGCUGCAUCUUGAAUGGUACUGUUCUCGCGCCGGGGAAACGUAUGAUGCUGGAUGAGUGCACCACUUGCCAAUGUAACACACGGCAGGGACCGUACCUGACAUACAAAUUGAUGUGUGGGAAAAUUACCUGUGAACCAUGCCCCAAGAAUUACCAGAUGGAGAAAACCUCUGGUUCCUGCUGCGGGAAAUGUUUGCCAACUCGGUGCGACAUACAGCUGAGGAAUGGAACCAUUUUGUAUCUGAAGCCAAACGAAACAAUCCAAGAUGGAUGCGACAAUCAUUUUUGCAAGGUGAACCGGAAAGGAGACUUCAUUUGGGAGAGGAAGAUCACGGGUUGCCCUCCAUUUGAUUCCAAGAAAUGCUUAGCUGAAGGAGGCAAAGUGACAAAACUUGGCAAUACCUGCUGUGAAACAUGUGUCGAGCCAGAGUGCAGGCUAACCACAGGCAGGUUAGAGUUUGUGAAAGUAGACAACUGUGUGAAUGAAAACCAGCUGAAUCUCCACUACUGCGAGGGCAAGUGUACCAGCAAAGCCAUUUAUAACAUAACCCUGAACCGCCUUGAAGACAUCUGCACCUGCUGCUCGGCUACCACAACCAACGCCAUGCUCAUCCCCUUGCGUUGCGCCAAUGGCUCCCGGGUUCAUCACCAAGUGUUUAAUGCUCAAGAGUGUGAAUGUCUCUCACGGAAAUGCCAGCCGUAAUUCGCCAAUGGGGAGCGGACACAUGUCAAGCUUUUUUCUCCAGAUGCCAGAACAUGUACAAUCUGAGUGUAUUAUUUUUUUUUGGGGGGGGGGGGGGGGAUAUUAAGAGAAUUUUGAUAGUGGUCUAAUCAAAGCCAUGUAAGCAGCCAAGGAAGAAACUACAUACUUGGGAUGUUCUACUUUGGACUGUUUCACGGGUGCCGUAUUUUGAAAAAGCCCAAAGAAUUCACAGUAUUUGGAGUAGUGCUGAGGACGGAUAUUCCCAUCGUGGUGAACUGAUAGAAAGUUUCAGCAUAUAGUUAUAUAUAUAUUUUUUCAUUUCAGUAGUUACUUUUAUGAUGAAUGAAUAAGUCUGGCUCACCUUUCGAAUCAGAAUUAUUCGGCUUCUGUUACAAGCUUCAAUAAAACAGUGGAUUAAAACC